AUGAAUCAUCGUCAUCUAUCAUCACCCUAUAUAUCGCAUAAUAUUAUCAAUCAAUUAUCAGAUAGUUUUUCCAGUGAUGAAGGUUGUCGACUAUUGAGUGGUAUUGUAAGUGAUGAAUGUAAAGUUUUACAAGAUAUUAAAAAAAUUCUUGAAAAACGAAUUUCAUUUGAUGAACAAUAUGCAAAAAAUCUUCAAGAUUUAACAACAAGUACUCAUCGUGUUAUAUGGCCAGUAUCUCGAGAAGUUUUUUCACAAUGGUCUCAUUUAGCAACAACAAUGAGUUCAAAUGCAGAACAAUUUCGAACAACUAUACUGGAUGAUUUACUUAAAGGACUUGUUGAACAAAAAAAUGAUUCAAAAAAAUUUUUAGAUGAUGAGAAACGUCGAUAUGAUGGUGAACAUCGAAAGGCUCAACGUGAUGUUGCCGAUGCUGAAAAACGUUAUUUAGAUGAAUCCAAAGCAUAUGUUACCAAGAAUAAUGAAUUAACGAAACUUCAAAAUAAUGCUCGUAAAAAUGAUGAUACUCGAAUAAAAAAUUUAAAAGAUGUAGUUAUUGAAAAACGAGGCAAUGUAUAUCGUGCACAUAAUGAUUAUAUUCUUAAAGUUCGAGAAUAUAAUUUUAUUGAUAAAGAAUAUAUUCAAAAAGUUCGAAAUUUACUUAUGUAUCAUGAAGAAUCACAAUCGCUUAUUAAUAAAUCAUGGCAAAGUUUACUCGAAGCUAUAAUUAAUUAUUUAAGUUAUAAACAUUCUGAAUCAACUGCAACGAUGGAAGCAUUACGAAGAAUGAUAUCGUCUCUUGAUCCACGUCAUUUUUAUGAUGAAAUGUGUAGAAUCCAUUCAAAUAUUACUCAAAUGACAAUUAAUCCUCAAGCAUUUAAUGAAUUACUUCUUCAAACAUCAGGUUUAACAAAAUUAAAAAGCAAUCAAUUUAUUGGUGAUAGUUCAACAAAACAAGAUAUAAAACAAAAAAUUCAAACAUUAACUAUGAGUAUAAAUGAACCUAUACCAAAAAUCGUUAAUUUUACUCGUGAUAAACAAAAUUUAUAUGAUGGACGAAAAGAUUUAUUUGAACAAAAACAAUCAAUUGAUAAUAUACGAAUGAGAAAAGGAUGGGAAGAACGAUUACGAGAUGAGUUAAAAUCACUAUUGAAAAAUGUUGGAUAUAGAUCCGAUGAUGAAUCAAAUGGAGAUUCAGAUGAAGAUUUAGGUGAUAGACUUGAAGAUCAACCUUAUUUUCAUGGAAUUUUACCACGUAAUCAAAGUAUUAGUCAAUUAAUAGAAAAAGGAGAUUAUUUAGUUCGUGUAAAUGAACAAGGAAAAGUUGUUUUAUCAAUUUUAUGGACUGAUCCAGAGAAUCCAAGUAGAUUAAAAGAUGGACAUUUUUUAAUUCAUGAACGAAAUCAAAUGUAUUCGUUACAACCAGAAGUAUAUUCGAAACCAUCUGUUCAUGAGUUAAUUUCAUUUUAUAAAAGACAAAAAAUUGAAUUACGAGAUGAUGGUACACGAUUAAUUCGACCUAUAUCAAGACCAGAUUAUGUAAUUAAUAAUGAUGAAGUUCGUAUAUUGGACAUGUUAGGAAAAGGUCAUUUUGGUCAAGUUGCUCGUGGUGAAUUUCGUGGUAAACCUGUAGCUGUAAAAAUUCUCCAUGAAUCAUCAGCAGCUCAAAAUGCUCAAGCUCGAAAAAAUUUUAUAAAUGAAGCUCUUUUACUUCAACAAUAUAAACAUAAAAAUAUUGUUAAAUUUCUUGGUAUUGCUGCAAUACGUGAUCCACUGAUGAUUAUUAUGGAACUUAUUGAACAGGGAAGUUUAAAUAAUUAUUUAAAAAAUAAUGAUGUACGUGUUCCUCAAUUAAUUCAAAUGUGUUAUGAUAUUGCUAAAGGAAUGGAAUAUUUAGAAAAACGUAAUGUUAUACAUCGAGAUUUAGCUGCUCGUAAUUGUUUAGUUGAUAAAAAAAAUCGAAUAAAAGUAGCUGAUUUUGGUCUAUCAAGAUGUUUACAAUCAGAUGAAGAAUAUUUUUGUCAGAUUAAAGAAAUUCCAAUACGUUGGUGGGCUGUUGAAGUAUUUUCAAAUGCACCAUAUACAAGUAAAUCAGAUGUUUGGUCAUAUGGUGUAACUGUUUGGGAAGUUUUUUCUAAAGCGGACACACCUUAUUCACAUAUCGUACUUAAUCAUUUCGUUAUUGAUGCAGUUAAACGCGGUGAACGUCUAAAACAACCGGAUAAAUGUCCACCAAAAAUGUAUACAAUCAUGACAACAUGUUGGGCUGAAGAUCCAAAAGAUCGACCUAAUUUUGAAAAACUUGUUGAAUUGUUAAAAAAAGAAAAACCUUUAUUUUGA